GGCGCGGCCAAGCAGGCGGCCGUGGAGAAGCCCAGCAGCGGCGGCGGCAAGGACGAGGAGGUCCGCGUGGCCCUCCUCCGUCACUUUGGCCCCAGGGAGGGCUGGUCGGCGGCCCUGGUCCAGGACUUCGGGGCCCUGGUGCCCGAGGCCGACGUGCCGCCGCCUGCGAAGCCCUUGGCCGAGCUGUCUCUCCAGGCCCUCCUGGCCAGGGAGGCGAAGGUCAAGGGCCAGGUCGGCCGUGCCGAGGCCAUGCUGGCGGCGGCCAAGGAGGAGCAGGAGGCCGCCGCGGCGCGCGUGGCGGAGCAGGUGGGCGUCCUCCAGAAGCGCCGUGACCAGCUGGAGGAGGUGGCCGAGGCGGUGCGCGCCAGGAAGCGCGCCGACCUGGCGCAGCACACAGGCCCGUCGCCCAUGGAGGUGGGCGAGCCCGAGGAGACGGGCGACCUGGGCAAGGCGCUGCUCAAGAGCCUCGAGGGCCUCGAGGCGGAGCGGGAGCGGGUGUUGCAGCUCGGGGAGGACGGCGACGCCCUGCUCGCGAUGGCCGCGGAGGCCCGCUGCCUCGCAGCGGCGGCCGAGCGGGCCGCCGCCGCGCAGGAGGCCGCCCCCGCGGCCGCAGGCGAGGUGGAUGGCGCUGCUGGUCCUCCUGGAGACCGCAAGCGCGUCGGUGACCUCGGCCUGGGCCCAGAGCUCGACGGGCUCGAUGCCUUGUUCGACGAGGUCGGCAUGGAGGAUGAGCAGCAGCGGGAGGCCUGGCGCGCAGCGUUGGCCAAGCGCCAGCGAGUGGUGGAACUGGUGUCGGCCAACACCGCGUGGGGCUCCGCGCAAUCGCUGGUCGAGUGGCUGCACGACGGCGUGGGGCGGCUGCCCGAGGUGCUCUGCCUCCAGGAGCACCGCCUCAAGGGCAAGCAGGCGGUGGCCCGCGCUGCGGGCUGGAUGCAGGCGCGCGGCUUCAGCUGGCACGGCCAGGCCGCGAUGGCGACGGGCCCUGGGCCGCUGGAGAGCUCGGGAGGUGUGGCUGUGGCCACGCUGCGGCCGUCUGCGGCAGUCGUGACCCCAGGGCUCCCAGCCCAUCGGUUCCAGGUGUGCGAGGUGAACCUGGGAUUCAGGGAGCCGUGCUGCAUCAUCACGUCCUACUUCAUCACGAAGAUAGGCAGGGCGAAUGAGAACAUCGGGCUCAUGGCGGCGCUGCACGAGUACGUCGGGCAGCUGGAGUCGCCGUGGCUGGUGAUGGGUGACUGGAACAUGGAGCCCGAGGACGUCCGUGAGUGGGCACGCAGCGCGGGCGCUGCCCUUGUCGCCCCAGGGGAGCCGACCUGCGGCUCGAAGGUCUUAGACUUCGCUGUCGUCAGCAUGGUCCUCACGGGCUUCGUGGAGACGGUGGAGGUGCUGCUGCAGGCGCCGACGAAGGACCGCGUGCCGCUGAAGGUGAUGCUCCGCGGCGUAGGGCCAGCGGCGAGGGUGCAGCGGCCGCUGUUCCCUGCCGCCUCCCCGCUGCCGCUUCCGCCGCCAGCGAGGCCAGCGCCGCGUGAGCGUGGGCUCUCUGCCUGGAGCCCAGGAGGCGAGCAGCCGCUCAAGGUCGGCCGCCAGGAGUGGUUUGAGGCGGUGGAGGCCUACCUGAUCGACCUCCACGAGAUCGUGCCGCCCAGCCGUUGGAAAGGACGGGCUGACGGGCUGCGCGCGCAGAAGGUCAUGAUGGAGGUGGCCUGGAAGCAGGACCUCAAGAGGAGCGUUGGCGCGGCGUGCAGACGCUGGAUGUCGUUUGCGGCGGCGUGCUCCCGCUGGCGUGCGCUGCAGGAGGCGGCGCCAGGAGGUCGCUGCGCGGCGCCGCUGCGCAAGCAGCGUCAGGUGCUGGAGGCGUUCGAGCUCGACGCCUCAUCGUGCAAGCUGACGGUGCAGUUCGUCCAGGAGGAGGCGAGGCGGCGCUGGAUGCAGGACAAGCAGCGGAGGGCUGCUGAGUGGCGCGCCCGGGCCCAGGCUGCUGCCACCGAGAGGGGCGGCUCGGCGGCCUACCUGUUCAUCACGCAGGUCACGGUGCUGCCCACGGUGAUGCACGCGGGCGCAGAUGGCGACGAUGGCCCGCGCAUGCCCGUAGCAGGCGAGGCCGCGGUGGCUGCGCUGCUGAAGGCGUGGCAGCCCCUCCGGAUCAAGCCGUCGCGCGCUGGCGAGGUGGCGCCCGAGGACUGGGGCAUCCAGGAGUCGGUGCUGCCGCCGCUGGAGCUCGAGGAUCUGGAGCGGGCCCUGGGCACCUACCGCGAGGG